AGUAUGCAGAAGAAGACCUCAUCUGGAGUCCUGUGUCCAAGAUACCCAGCGAGUCCUGCCUGGAUCUGAUAGCUGCAAAGCCCCAUGGGAUUAUGUGCAUCCUGGACAAUCAGACUUUACUAUCACAGGCCACAGACCACACCUUCUUGCAGAAGUGCCAUUACCAUCAUGCCAACAGCCCUUGGUACGUCAAGCCGAAGCUGCCUUUGCCUGUCUUCACUGUGCAGCAUUAUGCAGGACCCGUUACCUACCAGGUCCACAAGUUUCUGAAUAAAAACCAUGAUCUGUUACGCCCAGAGGUCUUGGAGAUAUUUUCCCACAGCCACCACAAGCUGGUGUCCCACCUUUUUGAGAAAGUGAAGGAACAGCAGAUGAACCAGAGAGAAGCGGGAAGUGGGACUAGAGUCCAAGGGCCGACGCAUCAAGCUUCUACGUUAGUGUCUAGAUUCCAGCACUCCUUGCAAGAUCUCACAGCUAAGCUAGACAGGAGCCACAUUUUCUUUGUUCGGUGCAUCAAGCCUAAUUCCAAAAAGGUGCCAAACGUCUUCGAUACUGAAUACGUGGCUUCUCAGCUAAGGCAUUCUGGGAUUUUGGAGGCCAUAUGCAUCAGGAAAGAAGGUUAUCCCAUCCGCAUUCCAUUCCGCCAUUUCCUAAUCAGGUAUGGAGUCCUGGCCGGCCGAGGGCAGAACUGCUUGCAGGAGAGAGAUGGCUGCGCCGCAGUGCUUUCACAGGUGGUGGGAGAUCUCUCGGAGCUCUAUCAGAUUGGAGUCACCAAGGUGUUCUUGAAGGAAAAAGCGAGGCAGAUGCUAGAGAGAAGAUGGAAUCAAAAGCUGAGCUGGGCGAUUGUUACCCUUCAACGCAAUCUCAGAGGCCUCAUCAACCGUAGGCGGUUCCAGGUCUUCAAGGAGAAGGCCUUGGUCAUCCAGGCUCAUUUCCGGGGUUACCUGGCAAGGAAACGGUACCAAAGAUUGAAGAAGACCCUGAUGCGGUUUGGGGUGGCCAUGCUCGUCUCUAGACCACUGACUCAUAAGAGGAGGCAAUACCAGGAUGUUCGACGGCUAGAAAUCCCUGCUGAGCUUGCUGCCCUACUCCGUUUGGCUGAAGGUCACCACCAUGCCCAAAUUAAUCAGGUCACAGAAGUCUCCCCUCCAGAAGUUAAAGCAAAGACUGAUCUCUCUCUGCCACCUGACAUCAAUAGCUUUCCAUUCUCUUCGUUCAUAAGGUCGCAUUUCCAGGAAGUGGGUUUCCCUUCCCUUGGGCAGCCCCUGCAACAGCCUUUGACCAGACUGGAUGGUGAGCAGAGGCAAAGUGCUCUGCAGCUCAACAAAGUGAUCCUGCGGUUCAUCAAUGACAAAGACCUGCAGGACUGGGAAGAAAAACUCCUGGGGAACUAUAUAGCAAGUCGAGGGCUGGCCAGUCUCUCCCUGCGCAAUGAGCUGUUGAGCCAGGUGGCCAGUCAAGUGUGGAAGAACCCAGACCUGGAGCAAGGCCAACGAGGUUGUGUGUUGAUGGCUGCCCUCCUGGGCUCUUUUGCCCCUUCUCCAGCUCUGGAGAAGCCCCUGUUGAAGUUUGUGUCUGACCAUGGUCUGGAUGGAUAUAACGGCGUUUGCCAGCGUAAACUCCUGAUGUCAAUGAAGCAGAUGGAAAGCGACCCAGAAGUGUCCCGUAGCUUUCCUCCCACCCAGCUGGAGUGGACUGCCAAUCAGAGGAAAGGCAAGAUGGUGUUGGAUGUUUACACCUACAAAGAGGAGAGGCUUUCAGCCGAAGUGGAGUCCUGGACAACAGGAGAGCAAUAUGCAGGCUGGAUCCUGAGUUCAAGGGGCCUGGAUACCGUACCUCGCGGCUGGUCUGUGUCCAUGUUCACAGGCAAGGCGUGGCAGGAUUUGCCCGGUUGUGACUUUGUGCUGGAUCUCAUUGGAGAAAUAGAGGAAGGCAACUGGCCCUCUGAAUCCUCCCCUGACUAUCCUAUAACCCCAGAGUGGGAUGAGAGCUAUUCCUAUCAGAGCUCUUCAGAUAGGAUGCCCUUGGACAUCCCCCCUGCUCCAGGCAUUCGGGCACCUUCCGUCCCCCCACCCCCCCUGCCUCCAGACUUGGACAACAUCGCUCAUUCAGAGUCGAGCUACAGAGGUAGCUCCAGAUCCGCUGGAGGGCUGGAUCACUAUGUGGACGGUCUCUUCAUGCCUCUGCUGCAUCAUGGGGCCAGGAGUCAGACGCCAGAUAUGGAGAGUGAAGGGAAUCUGACCGGACGCAUGAAAGGAGGUGGGAAAAUUGGACCCACUCACCAUGGAGCCUUCUCAGGCUAUUCGGGAAUGAUGAGCAUGCCGUCUUACCAACCUAUGCCCGUCACGGGCGGAAUGAUGCCAGCCACCAUGCCAAUGAUGCCAGCGCUUGGUGGAAUGGGAACAAUGCCAGCUAUGCCUCAGCCUCAGCCCAUUAUGCCAUCAGUGGAUCCAAACCAGAUAGCUGCACAGCAACAAGCCUUUAUCAACCAGCAGGCCAUGCUCAUGGCUCAGCAGAUGACCCUUCAAGCCAUGACAAUCUCCCAGCAGCAGCAGCAAAAGGAGCAACAGCGCCAGCAAAAAGACAGGUCUCCUGAGCUUUCAAGGCCAAGACGAACAUCACCACAGAGGAGGUCACCUGAAUUUUCAAGGCGAAGUCGAGCAUCAGAACAGGAGCGAUCGCCUGAAUCUUCAAGGCCGAGGCGAGUGUCACCACGGGAACGGUCACCAGAAUCUUCAAGGCCAAGGCGACCGUCUCCUCCUCCACAUCUGCCAGCUCCAGCUGCUAAACCCAAGAGCCUCAAAAGCACCACCAAGCAAGAUGCAUCAGUGCCUGAUCUACAAGAAUUUCCAUCUCUGCCACCAGCACCGAUCCCCCUCCUCCACGGAAACCAGUCCUCAGACAUCAGAGAGGACCCCAUCUCUCGAGAGUCAUUCCAGAAGAAAGUGGAGUUCUUCCAGAAAAUGGGGCAGCAGAAAAGUCAUGUGAAGAAAGCACCUCCUUCUCCAAAGAGGUGGACACCUCCAAGUAAACCAUCAUCAGAAGAGCAAGAGACUAGCCCACAACCAAAUUCAGGUUCGCCACACUCUACACAGACAGAAAAUGACCAACAUUCUCAGCCAACCCAGGAAAUACGGCGCAUCAUCAAAACUCACAAGGCUCAGCCUGUCCCACCUCCAAAACCCAUCAUCCCACUUAGAAACGUCUCUAAACCUUUCGUGAAGAAGAAUGACCCAAAGGAGGAAGCUCUGGCAAAGCUGGGGAUUGUGGGACACUCACAGCUGUCCUCUGCAUCACCAGAGGGGAGCCCCCAAGCUUCUCCUCCUCCACUGCCACCACCUGGCAAGCUGUCCAGCUCCAUCAAAGAAAAGCAGCUGCCCCUCAUGAACCUAUUUGCUCGGCCGCCACCAACCUCCCCUCCUAACCCGGAGGUUCCUCUUCCCCCCCUUCAACCUCCACCAGCCCUUCCUUCGGACUACGCUUCAGAAGAAACUGGCAUGAGAGACUCAGCUCUGACAGUGGUGGAAGAUGGCGGGAUCAGAACCCAGCUCUUAGGACACUCUGCUAGUGUUACUUUCUCCUAUGCCAACCCUACUUGGAAGCUCUUCCUGCGCAAAGAGGUUUUUUACCCCAAGGAAAACUUCAGUCAUCCUUGUUGCUUAAAUUUGUUAUGUGACCAGAUCAUGACAGACACUUAUUCGGAGUCAUGCAUUCGGAUCUCCAAAGAGGAGAAGCGUAAGAUGAAAGACUUGUUGGUGGCGUUCCAGGUGGGCAUGGAUGCCAGCUCCAUUCUAGAUGAUGGGAUAAAGAAGAGGAUUGUGGUAGCUGCUCGUGAUAACUGGGCCAACUAUUUCUCUCGCCUUUUCCCAGUUAAGGGAGAAAACGGGAGUGAUGUUCAGAUUCUGGGCGUUUCUCACCGGGGGCUCAGGCUGCUGAAGAGAGCAAAAGCAGCCAGCUUCAAUGCUGAGCAGCUGAAAACCCUUUGCAGCUACAGUUAUUCAGAUGUGCUGUCCUUAGAGCUGAUGGACCGCAAUACCCUUCAGUUCUCUCUGAAGGAUGAGCAGCUCAUCCUUCACUCUCGAAAGGCUCGGCAGAUUAAGACCAUGGUGGAGCUCUUCCUGCUUGAACUGAAAAAGGACUCCAACUACGUCAUAGCUUUGCGCAGCUAUGUAACAGAUGACAAGAGCCUCUUGAGCUUCAAGAAAGGCGACUUCAUCCAACUGCUGCGCAUGGAGGGACUGGAGCCAGGCUGGCAGUUUGGCUCCGUCGGAGGUCGCUCUGGCCUUUUCCCUUCCAGCAUGGUGCAGCCGGUGGCAGCUCCCACUUACCACAGUUUCCAUCCAAACCGUACAAACCGCCAGGAAGCCGUCAGGAAGAGCCUAAGGAGAGAAACACAGCUGGAGAGAAACAUUAGCAAGGAGAACUUGACCUCCAGCCUGGAGUCAGAAGUCAAUAGUACAACAGCCAGCACUCCUCCUUGCAACUAUACUAUGACGGAGUUUGCCGCAACACACUUCCAGGAAGCCCAGACCGCGCUGGGAUGGAAGGGGAUGAGUGCUGAACAGAAGGACCCAGCUCUCAUGGUUCAGCAUACUAAGGAACCAAUCAAAGAAUCACUCCUGUUCUACUCUGAUGGGAAGAUGAAUGGCCUGGCUACGAAAAAUUUUCUGACUCUGAUGAGAUUCAUGGGAGACCAGCCAGGCCUCAAGAGCAAAGAUGAGGUUGAUUAUGUCUAUGAAAUCCUCCAGCUUUGCAAAGAGAAGGAGAAUCUGUGUGACGAGGUUUACUGCCAGGUCAUCAAGCAGAUCACGCGGAACCCCAGUCAAGAGAGCUGUCUCCGUGGCUGGAGGCUCCUGGGCCUCUUGACUGGAUACUUCCUCCCUUCCAGCAUUUUGAUGCCAUAUGCCACCAAGUACCUGCAGCAGGCCAGCUCUGACCCCAUUUCCAGCACAGAAAUAGCCAGGAUUUGCCAGAGCAACCUGAGGAAAAUGGUCAUGUACGGAGGCCGUCGACACUUGCCGUUCCGUGUGGAGACUGAAGCGCUUCUGAAGGGACGUGGCUCACGUCAUAUAUCGGUCAACCUACCUGGAGGUGAGAGAUACAACACGAAAAUCAAGACAUUCACGGUUGCUGCAGACAUCAUGAAAGAAAUCACUGAGCAGAUGGGGGUCACUGAGCCAGAAGAGAUUCAGGAAUUUGCCAUCCUGGCCAAUAAAGAUAAAGGUAAGAUUGCACGUCCCUUGCGCCAGACUGAGUACAUCCAUGAUUAUUUGCUUGAGGGAAGUUCGGUAGAGCUGGAGUUCUGCAGGAUCACCUGGAGGACACCCUUGCACUUUGAGAAUGACAUGUAUAUUAACCUUCACUUCAACCAGGUGCUGCAGAAUUAUAUGAAAGGGAAGCUGCUGCUGCCACGCACCAGGGAGCUAGAGAAGCUGGUGUGUGCCUUGGCUCUGCUCCAGCACUGGGCCAAGGGAGCUGGAUCAAUCCCUUCCAUAGAGGAACUAGUAAGUUACAUCCCUGAUGAUGUUGCACGCCUCAUCAACCCAGUCAUUGUUCAAAAUUCUGUCACCUAUCAGCUGAAAACCACGAAACAACUUGAGCGACAGGAGGCAAAAAUCAGUUUCAUUGAGCACGUGAUCCAGCUGCCGCUUUUUGGCUACAACGUUUACACUGUGGAGAAGAUCAGUACACUUGGGAUCCCCACGCCUUGCUUUGUAGGAGUGAAUGAGGAACAGAUCAUUGUAGUGAAUGGGAAGACCCAGAACCUUCACAGCCUCAUUCCACUGGCGACGAUACAGAGGAUGCGGACUUUGCGCCCCAUGAAUGAAUCUGGGCUUCCUGGCCUGGAAAUUAACUACGGCUCAGCAGCAGAUCCCAAAACGAUUUGGUUUGAAUUGAAGCAGGCUAAAGCAUUGUACCACACGACUGCCAUCAUCCUAGAAGAAACCGAAUCUGAGGCUUAGUGAGUGGCAGAAAUGUCUUUUUUUUGAACUCUGAAAUCAUAAAGCUUCAUGCAAAUUCUGUUCAUCACAAGCAUCUGAAGUAAGCACUGUUAACUUGGUUCUUGCUCUGCCUCCUAAGCCCAACCUCACUGCAGAUUUUCCCUCUUUAUUCAGAUGCAUUUUUUUAAAAAAACACACACGUUUAGCCUUUCAGUUACUAGAGAGCAAAACUGGCUCAACAGUUCUAGACAUGCUUCUUAUUACAUGUAAUGAAGCUCAAGGAAGGACACGGGUAUUUACAGUUUGUUUUGCUCAAAGCAGAUGCAGGUUUACCCAAAGCAUUGCUGACUUUCACCGUUACUGGCGCUGACAAAUUUACACUACCUAGAUGUUCAGGUAUUAUUAAAGCACUGGCAUUCUACCUUUACUGUC